AUGCUGCUCUUUACAAAGCCUAUGCCUCCAAAGAUCAGGAAGAAGAGAGCAAGGACAGGUGAUCUCAUGCCUCGGCUGAUUGGUAGCUGCUCACACCUUCCCAGCAAAGAAGCGAGAAAAAAGUGCUGCGAGCGGAAGCCUCGAUGCACACGCUGCACUGAGAGAGGGUUGGAGUGCAUCUACAACCCUGUCGAGCCACGUCGCAGCAAACAUGCCAAUGGGAUAGCCUCGAAGACUCCCCGUAGUGUUUCUCCAACGCAACACUUUAAAUCGAGACGAUCUUUAGAGACUGUCUCGGAUGGCGGCUUCACUGAACAUCCAAGGGAUGCUCACUCUACAUCAAGUCACUCACCCCCUGAGACACCAGAAUGGGCCAGCUUCAGUCAAUUCGACUUCUGUGACAAGCCAGUUGAUCAGCUCGCAAAUUUUGAUCGAGAGAGUGAUUCACUGAGUAGCUCACGGUUCGACUUUGUCCCGCUGAACGCAGAGUUAUCCCAGUCCAGCACCAUCGAUAUCGCGUCUCUGCUGUCUGGCCUCGAAAUACCGCAACCGUCAUUCACAAACCUUACAGACUGCGCCCACGAAAGGAAACUCAUUCACCAUUUCUCCAGCGUUCUUUCUCAUUUGAUCGUCUUCACGGAAGAGCCGGACAAUCUUUUUCAGGGUCUCAUUCUGCCAUUAUGCUCUGAUAACUCACCCGUCCUUCACGCCAUGUGUGCCUUCGCCAAGGGACAUCUUGAGUAUAUGGGCGUGCAAGACUCCAAGCAUUCUUCAAACUACAGGGUUCUCGCUGCUGAGGGUGUUUUUCAACUUGUGCAGCAGAACUGCCGGCAGGAAGAAGUUUUGGCGGCAACCAUGCUGCUCGUGUACUACGAAUCUCUCACCUUGACAGGAGCAACCAACAUGGUUCUUGAGCACCUGAGAAGUGCCUUCCUUGUGCUGAGUUCGAUUCCACUGUCCAAGAAGACCCGCAGUAUCUUGUUCCUUGAAAAGGCUUUCCAAUUUUACGACGUCAUCACUGCCCUUUCUUUAGGACGUAGUCCAGUCUCUACUGUGCCCGCAACUGAGCAUGUUUACUCCAUGGCAUCACCUUCGUCCAAGUCGGCCCAAAAUGGUCCUGUUGAUCCGCUUCUCGGUAUGACUGGCAAUCUGUGGCCAGUCCUUUACCGUCUCAGCACUCUCAAGUCCUUAAAAGGGGACUUGGAUGGCGCGGUCUCCAACAAUCAACCAGCCAAAGCCGCCGUUCUUCUGAUGGAGUAUGAAUCCACGGUCAAGGCAGUGCAAAAGGCUCUCCAAGACUGGGCGCCUCCGGUGCAGUCAGACGACGACUUUGAGCCUUUUUGCGAUUCGGAUGCCCAGGGUGCGUUCCGCGCCAUGGUUCACAAUUCCAUGGCAUAUCGCCACGGUGCUUUGGUAUACCUGAACCGGUCGAUCCACGACCAUCCAGUUGACCAUCCUGCAGUUCAGGAAAACUGCCACCUGACUCUGGAGAACUGCGUUGCGGUCAUCGCAUCUGGUGGACCGGUCAAUGCGCUCCUCUGGCCUUUAUUUGUAGCAGCAUGCGAAGCUAUAACGGAUCAGGACCGAGGUCUCGCAAGGUACGCCUUUAUUGAAAUUGAACGUAGGCAGGGCAUGAUCAACAUUGAAAGAGCUCGUGCAGUUGUCCUUCAUCAAUGGGCUGCUGCGACGUCGGGCAAAAUGAACGGCGGCUGCAAUACGGGCGCUGAAGCAUGGAGGGAGGUUGCGGGGAGUAUGGGAAUGACAAUUAUUUUCGGUUAG